AUGUAUCCCGUGGCUUUGCUGUCUCUCGCAGCGGCGGCAUCGCCAAUAUCACAAAUGACUCUGGCCCCUGUAUAUGGCUCCAUUCCUUCUGCACAAAACCAUGCUACCAUGUGCUCAGUAUCGCUGUUGUUCGGCUUUACAGUGCGUGCUAUCGGUGGCAGCUGGCAGCGCUUACGCGUGCUCGAGUCGCUCACCGUCUGGGCAUUCUCCCUACCACUUCUGCAGACUCUGUUAUCCCCAUUCAGUGGUAGUCUCGGACCGGUGGCAGGGCCACUGGUGAAUGGGUUCUUGAGCUGCCAUGCUAUACUGCUGCCGACUGGCUUCGUGAUCGCCGACUUUAUUGCUCGCUACAAGCAGACCACUUCCUUGGCUGCUCGAGUAGGCUCCACCGCAGCAUACACUAUGAUCGGUGUCGUUCUAGCGUUUGCAAUGUAUCCUGUGCUGGAAGAGAAGUGGACAGGUAUCGUGCAAUGGUUGCCCGAGCUUUUCAAGGAGAAGUUUGAGAUCAAUCCUGUCCACCUUCAGCUUGCACUAGGGGCAAGUUACUCGCUGUUGGCGCCGUCAUGGUCAGUAUCUGUAUUCUUCUCCGAACAUUCCCACAUGUAUGUUAUGCUUGCUCUUCCUUCUCUCGUACAUACGACGUAUUUCAACACGCACAUGAGCGUCGAAAAAGUAGAUGCAUCACUGGGGAAGUUUAACUGGACUCUUCUGGAUCGCCAGUGGUCCAACACUGGCCACAUAUCCGUACUUGAGAACAAGCAGGCCCAUUAUCGUGUGCUACGAGCUGAUCACUCUCUACUUGGCGGCGAAUGGCUUCUAACACCCGAACGCGCAAGCAAAGAAGGCUGGAAAGUCAACGAGCCCAUCUACGCCGUCUUUGAAAUCCUCGAAUCCGUCCGCCUACUUCUUCGUCAUGACCUCGACGAUCCCACAACCAAAAACAAGAAAGUGCCACCACCACCACCAGUAGCAGACACGUCAGCAGAAGAAGAAAAAGCACUCGUCAUUGGACUGGGCAUCGGCACUGCGCCCAAAGCCUUAUUGGCGCAUGGAAUUUCCACGACCAUUGUCGAGCUGGAUCCCGUGGUGCAUCGAUUUGCCACGCAGUACUUCGGCCUUCCCACGAAUCACACGGCAGUUCUCCGGGACGCGGUGAAAUGGGCAGAAGAAGAAGCGAAGGGGAAAACGAAGAUGCAUUUCGACUACAUCAUUCACGAUGUCUUCACUGGCGGCGCUGAACCGCUAGAGCUCUUCAAUACCGCCUUCCUACGCGACUUGCGUACAUUACUGACGCCGAAUGGUGUCAUUGCCAUCAAUUAUGCGGGCGAUCUAUCGCUGCCUCUAACGCGCCUGGUGCUCCGGACCAUCCAUCACACCUUCGAUGGCCAAUGCAAAAUAUAUCGGGAUGGACCUGCAGAACACAACGCUGAUGCUGAGGAUAGCAAAAACAGCCAGGAACCAUCGGACUUUUCCAAUUUCGUCGUCUUCUGCCGUAACAAGGCGGGCCCCAUCGCGUUUAGAGAGCCUACAGCUGCCGACUUUCUUGACAGUUUGAGCCGGAAGCAUUACAUGGUGCCCAAGCCCGAGUGGGAGGUGCCGUUUCCGAAGCAGAGCUCCUCUGUUGGCAGCGAUACGAAUGUGGGGGAUCUGCUCGAACCUGGGGGGGAGAGCUCGUGGGCCAGCGAGCAGGUCGAGGGUGCGAAAAGACACUGGCGCAUUAUGCGCAACGUCAUGCCUGAUGCUGUAUGGGAUCUCUGGUGA